GAAUUCUGUGCGUGUAUCCAAACGUCGAUGGAUAUGUGGAAAUGUGCAUGUUUAUGUUUGUUUUGAUUCGUAUCCGCGCACGAAAUAGUUGCAUAUAUGUGUUAUGCACUUGGUCAACUUGUAUGAAAUCUGCCAAUCUGGUUGAUUUAGUCUUCUGUGCAUUUGGCUUAUCGUUUUUUUCUUGAUGCCGUUUGCUACUUGUGAUUUGAGGUAGUGUUUCGAUUCAGGAACUGCGGAUCUUUUACAUGUUUGAUGAUUUGCUUGUUCUGCUUCCUGGAUCUGUUGACAUGCGUGCAAUUCAAUGCUUGAUCUGUAAAUCUGGAGCGUUAAUCGGGAUUUUAGCUCAAUUAGAGUGUUUUAGCGUUCAUCAGUCGUCACAGAACUGUGAAUUCAGAUGUUCUACCUUCAGAUCUGGUCGUAGACAGAGAAGGUGAAAAUGGUGAAAAUUUGCUGCAUUGGAGCCGGGUAUGUUGGUGGCCCUACCAUGGCCGUGAUUGCCCUCAAGUGUCCAUCUAUUGAAGUGGCCGUGGUUGAUAUUUCUGUACCUCGUAUCGCAGCCUGGAACAGUGACCAACUCCCCAUCUAUGAGCCCGGUCUUGAAGAUGUGGUGAAGCAGUGUCGAGGCAAGAACCUGUUCUUCAGCACCGAUGUGGAGAAACAUGUGCGUGAAGCUGAUAUUGUCUUUGUCUCUGUGAAUACUCCAACCAAAACUAGGGGCCUUGGAGCUGGCAAAGCUGCAGAUCUGACAUAUUGGGAGAGUGCAGCACGCAUGAUUGCUGAUGUAUCGAAAUCUGAUAAGAUAGUAGUUGAGAAGUCAACAGUCCCUGUCAAAACAGCUGAGGCAAUAGAGAAAAUUUUGACCCACAACAGCAAGGGAAUUAACUUCCAAAUUCUCUCAAAUCCGGAGUUCCUCGCUGAGGGUACUGCAAUCCAAGAUCUUUUUAAACCUGACCGGGUCCUCAUUGGAGGCAGGGACACUCCAGAAGGCCAGAAGGCAAUAAAAGCAUUAAAAGAUGUAUAUUCUCAUUGGGUCCCUGAAGAGCGGAUCAUUUGCACCAAUCUAUGGUCUGCAGAGCUCUCUAAGCUCGCCGCUAAUGCUUUCUUGGCCCAGAGAAUAUCAUCUGUUAAUGCCAUGUCAGCACUCUGUGAGGCCACCGGAGCAGAUGUGACGCAGGUUUCGUAUGCUGUGGGCAAGGAUUCUAGGAUCGGGCCCAAGUUCCUGAAUGCUAGUGUUGGUUUUGGUGGCUCUUGCUUCCAAAAGGAUAUCUUGAACCUGGUUUACAUUUGUGAGUGCAAUGGCCUUCCGGAAGUGGCAGAAUAUUGGAAGCAAGUGAUCAAAAUUAAUGAUUAUCAGAAAAGCCGCUUUGUGAACCGGGUUGUUGCCUCCAUGUUCAACACCGUUGCAAACAAGAAGAUUGCUGUACUGGGAUUUGCCUUCAAGAAGGAUACAGGUGACACCCGAGAGACCCCUGCAAUCGAUGUAUGCAAGGGACUGCUGGGAGACAAGGCCCGGCUUAGAAUAUAUGACCCUCAGGUCACCGAGGACCAAAUCCAGAGGGACCUUACCAUGAACAAGUUUGACUGGGACCAUCCUCUUCACCUGCAGCCAAUGAGUCCCACCACCGUGAAGCAAGUCUCUGUAGUCUGGGACGCCUAUGAGGCAACAAAGGAUGCUCAUGGUGUUUGCAUUCUCACAGAGUGGGAUGAGUUCAAGACUCUUGAUUACCAGAGGAUAUUUGACAACAUGCAGAAACCGGCUUUCGUUUUUGAUGGAAGGAACAUCGUGAAUGCGGAUAAGCUGAGGCAGAUUGGUUUCAUUGUAUACUCCAUUGGGAAGCCUCUGGACGCUUGGCUCAAGGACAUGCCAGCUGUGGCAUAAAAAGGAUACUGUGGCCGAGUUGGAUUGCAUGGAAUCAAAAAAUAAGUAGUUACGAGGCAGCAAUUCUGAUUCUUUUCUUUUUUUUUUUCUUUUUUUUCCUCCCGAACUUUCACUCAGUUCCUCUGAUUCUUCUUGCUCUUACCAAAAAGCAAGAGGGCCCACCGUUUUGCUGUGACUUCCUGUUUGUUGCCUGUUAUGUAAUAGAACUUGAGUUGCACUUCAUUAUGUUC